AUGAAAGGUUUAAAAAAAUGUCCAAAUAUGUGCCAGAGUUUAGGAGAGAGUCAUAAAUUAAACCACGGCAACAGCAAUGAGGACUUCCAUGGAGGUGGUGGACAGGUGCAUGGUCGCGGUCAUAAACAUGGACAAGGACAUGGACUUCGGAUGUGGUUUGAGCAGUUCUAUUCUGGAGUCAUAACAAUCGCUUUUGUGGCUGGUGCUCUCUAUAUGAGUUAUCCGUUUAACAUAUGGGACGUUGGUCGACCAUAUAGGAGGGAUUACUGCACGCCAGCAAGGUACGUUGCACUUUAA